AUGGGGUCUUCAACCUUCAAGAGAGUUUUUUCGCUUGUUUUCCUGCUCUUGUUUGUUGUUAUUUCACAAUCUUCUCCUGAUGUUGCUUCUAAUUCUACUCAAGAGGCUCUAGCUCUUCUCAAAUGGAAAGCCAGCCUUCAAAACCAUAGCCAUUCUCGUCUGUCAUCAUGGACUCUUUCUUCUGUCAAUGCCACAAAUACCUCUAUCCACCUCAAAACAAAAACAAAUCCAUGUACUUGGUUUGGAAUCUCUUGCAAUCGUGUUGGAAGUAUCACUAGUAUUAACUUGACCAGCACAAGUCUAAAAGGCACACUUUAUGAACUAAAUUUCUCAUUGUUUCCUAAUCUUGCACGUUUUGAUCUAAGCAUGAAUGGACUCUUUGGUGUCAUCCCUCCUCAAAUCAAUCAAUUAACAAAUCUAGAGGUCCUUUACCUCUACUCAAAUAAAUUGUUUGGUUCUAUUCCGAAUGAGAUAGGAAACUUGAGCUCCCUAACAAAUUUGGCUUUGGGGGAAAAUCAAUUAAGUGGUUCCAUUCCUCAUUCCAUUGGAAACAUGAGAAACUUAAAAGUUUUAUACCUCCACACCAAUAACUUUUCUGGCGCCAUUCCUGAGGAGAUAGGCAACUUGAGGUUCCUUUCAGAUCUAGAGUUGAGCUCAAAUCUAUUAAGUGGCUCUAUUCCUCGCUCCACUGGCAAUUUGAGCAAUUUAAAAAUUUUAUACCUCUACACCAAUUACCUUUCCGGUGCCAUUCCUAAAGAGAUAGGCAACUUGAAGUUUAUUUCAGAUCUAAGCUUAAGCAAGAAUUUAUUGAGUGGCUCUAUUCCACGCUCAAUUGGAAAUUUGAGCAACUUAAAAGUUUUAUACCUCCACACCAACAACUUGUUUGACUUCAUUCCUGAGGAGAUAGGUAACUUGAAGUCUAUUUCGAAUUUGGAUUUGGGUGUAAAUCAACUGAGUAGCUCAAUUCCUCAUUCCAUUGGAAAUUUGAGCAAUCUAAAAGUUUUGUAUCUCAACUCCAACAACCUUUCCGGUGCCAUUCCUGAGGAGAUAGGUAACUUGAAGUUCAUUUCAGAUCUAUGGUUAAACAACAAUUUAUUGAAUGGCUUUAUUCCACACUCAAUUGGAAAUUUGAGCAACUUAAAAGUUUUAGACCUCCACACCAACAACCUUUCUGGUGCCAUUCUUGAGGAGAUAUGCAACUUGAAGUUCAUUUCAAAUCUAAGCUUAAGCAAUAAUUUAUUGAGUGGCUCUAUUCCACGCUCAAUUGGAAAUUUGAGCAACUUAAAAGUUUUAUACCUCCAUGCCAACAACCUUUCUGGCUUCAUUCCUGAGGAGAUAGGUAACUUGAAGUCUAUUUCAAAUUUGGAUUUGGGUGUAAAUCAACUGAGUAGCUCAAUUCCUCAUUCCAUUGGAAAUUUGAGCAAUCUAAAAGUUUUGUAUCUCAACACCAAUAACCUUUCUGGUGCCAUUCCUGAGGAGAUAGGCAACUUGAAGUUCAUUUCAGAUCUAUGGUUAAACAACAAUUUAUUGAAUGGCUUUAUUCCACGCUCAAUUGGAAAUUUGAGCAACUUAAAAGUUUUAUACCUCCACACCAACAACCUUUUUGGUGCCAUUCCUGAGGAGAUAUGCAACUUGAAGUUCAUUUCAAAUCUAAGCUUAAGCAAUAAUUUAUUGAGUGGCUCUAUUCCACGCUCAAUUGGAAAUUUGAGCAACUUAAAAGUUUUAUACCUCCAUACCAACAACCUUUCUGGCUUCAUUCCUGAGGAGAUAGGUAACUUGAAGUCUAUUUCAAAUUUGGAUUUGGGUGUAAAUCAACUGAGUAGCUCAAUUCCUCAUUCCAUUGGAAAUUUGAGCAAUCUAAAAGUUUUGUAUCUCAAUACCAACAACCUUUCUGGUGCCAUUCCUGAGGAGAUAGGCAACUUGAAGUUCAUUUCAGAUCUAUGGUUAAACAACAAUUUAUUGAAUGACUUUAUUCCACGCUCAAUUGGAAAUUUGAGCAACUUAAAAGUUUUAUACCUCCACACCAACAACCUUUCUGGUGUCAUUCCUGAGGAGAUAUGCAACUUGAAGUUCAUUUCAAAUCUAAGCUUAAGCAAGAAUUUAUUGAGUGGCUCUAUUCCACGCUCAAUUGGAAAUUUGAGCAACUUAAAAGUUUUAUACCUCCAUACCAACAACCUUUCUGGCUUCAUUCCUGAGGAGAUAGGUAACUUGAAGUCUAUUUCGAAUUUGGAUUUGGGUGUAAAUCAACUAAGUAGCUCAAUUCCUCAUUCCAUUGGAAAUUUGAGCAAUCUAAAAGUUUUGUAUCUCAACUCCAACAACCUUUCUGGUGCCAUUCCUGAGGAGAUAGGUAACUUGAAGUUCAUUUCAGAUCUAUGGUUAAACAACAAUUUAUUGAAUGGCUUUAUUCCACACUCAAUUGGAAAUUUGAGCAACUUAAAAGUUUUAUACCUCCACACCAACAACCUUUCUGGGGUCAUUCCUGAGGAGAUAUGCAACUUGAAGUUCAUUUCAAAUCUAAGCUUAAGCAAUAAUUUAUUGAAUGGCUCUAUUCCACGCUCAAUUGGAAAUUUGAGCAACUUAAAAGUUUUAUAUCUCCAUACCAACAACCUUUCUGGCUUCAUUCCUGAGGAGAUAGGUAACUUGAAGUCUAUUUUGAAUUUGGAUUUGGGUGUAAAUCAACUAAGUAGCUCAAUUCCUCAUUCCAUUGGAAAUUUGAGCAAUCUAAAAGUUUUGUAUCUCAACUCCAACAACCUUUCUGGUGCCAUUCCUGAGGAGAUAGGUAACUUGAAGUUCAUUUCAGAUCUAUGGUUAAACAACAAUUUAUUGAAUGGCUUUAUUCCACACUCAAUUGGAAAUUUGAGCAACUUAAAAGUUUUAUACCUCAACACCAACAAACUUUUCGGUGCCAUUCCUGAGGAGAUAGGAAACUUGAAGUUCAUUUCAGAUUUAUGGUUAAACAACAAUUUAUUGAAUGGCUUUAUUCCACGCUCAAUUGGAAAUUUGAGCAACUUAAAAGUUUUAUGCCUCUACACCAACAACCUUUCUGGUACCAUUCCUGAAGAGAUAAGUAACUUAAAGUUCAUUUUAGAUCUAGAGUUGAGUACAAAUCAAUUGAGUGGCUCUAUUCCUCAUUCCAUUGGAAAUCUAAGCAAUAUCAAAUAUUUGUAUCUUAACAACAACAACCUUUCUGGAAUCAUUCCUUAUGAAGUUGGAAAUUUCCUGAAGUUGAUUAAAUUGGAGUUGUCUUAUAAUCACUUCACUGGUUCUCUUCCCCGUAAUAUUUGUCGAAGUGGAUCACUUACCCACUUUAUCAUUGGUGAAAACAAUUUGUCUGGCCGAAUCCCAAAAGAUUUGAGAGAUUGUCCUAGCUUAAUUAGAGUCCGCCUCCAAAAUAACCAAUUUACUGGAAACAUUUCUGAAGAUUUUGGCAUCUAUCCAAAUCUAAAUUUCACAGAUCUUAGUCACAACAAAUUUUAUGGUGAAAUUUCAUCUACUUGGGGAAAGUGCUCUCAAUUAGGUACUUUAAAUGUCUCUGGAAACAAUAUUACUGGGAGCAUCAUGUCAAAGAUUCAAAAUUUGACCAAACUACAUAAACUUGACUUUUCUUCAAAUCAUUUAAUUGGAGAGAUUCCAUCGGAACUUGGAAAACUGACUUCUCUUAACAAGCUUGUUUUAACUGGGAAUCAACUUUCUGGAGGCAUACCUCGUGAAGUUGGCUUACUCACAGAACUUGAGUACCUUGACUUGUCUACAAAUAGAUUAUGCAAGUCAAUCCCGGGAGAAUUGGGGUUCCUAUCAAAAUUGUUCUACUUGAAUCUGAGAAACAAUCAAUUUAGUCUCGAAAUUCCAUUUCAAUUGGGUAAUUUGAUUCACCUCUCUGAACUAGAUUUGAGUCAUAAUUUACUCAAAGGAGAGAUACCGUCUCAGAUUUGUAAUAUGGAAAGUUUGGAAUAUCUAAAUCUUUCCUUUAACAACCUUUCUGGUUUCAUCCCAAGUUGUUUUGAAGAAAUGCAUGGAUUGUCACGUAUUGACAUAUCUUAUAAUGAGUUACAAGGUCCAAUUCCCAACAACAAAGCAUUUUUGGAGGCUCCAUUUGAAGCAUUACAAGGGAAUAAAGGAUUGUGUGGCAAUGUUGUUGGAUUGACACCUUGCAGCAAUCUCACUUCACGCAAACACUUUGCAAGAAAGAGGUUGGUAAUUUCCUUCGCCGCUUUAGGAGCACUUACUCUUUUAAUUGUUGUGACAAUAAUGUUCUUUUGUUUUCGAAGAAAAAAACAAGAUUUACCAAACGAACAUAGAAUUGUGAACAAGGAUAAAUUUCUUUCAGUAUUAAAUUUUGAUGGAAAAACAAUGUUUGAAGAAAUUGCAAGUGCAACAGAGAAUUUUGAUGCCAAGUAUUGCAUCGGGAGUGGUGGAUUUGGAAGUGUUUACAGAGCACAACUUUUAUCAGGCGGUAUUUUUGCAGUAAAGAGAUAUCAUUCGCUUCAUCUUGAUGAGAUAGAUGACCAAAAAGAGUUUUUGAAUGAAAUAAGGGCACUAACAGAGUUACGCCAUCGAAAUAUUGUGAAAUUUUUUGGUUUUUGUGUACAUUUUCUGUAA